AUGGAAAGUGUGGCGUCGUCGGUCGAGGGCAAGCGAGAGCGGAAGGAGAGGGAGAAGCGGGAGAAGAAGGAGCAGAAGGAGAAGGAGAAGGAGGAGAAGAAGCGAAUCAAGGAGCAGAAGCGGAAGGAGAAGGAGGAGCUCAAGCUCCAGAAGAGGCGCGAGAAGGAGGAGAAGAAGGAGCUCAAGCGCAUCGAGAAGGAGGAGAAGCGGAGCCAGAGCAAGAUCAGACCCAACAACAAUGUCGACAAAAACAACAAAAAGAACCGACGACAGACCGAGGCGGCGGCCGCCAAGCUCAACCAGAGCCACGAGGUGACGCUGCCGUCGAGCGCGAGCACCACGGCGGCGGCGGCUGGUGGUGAGGCGGAGUCGGCGGCGGCGGCCAAGGCGCGCAGCGCGACGUUCACGCCGGCGGCGAUCAGCAAGUGGCAGAAGACGAGCAACAAAGAAAACGACGACGAGAAAAAGAAGAAGAAGAACGAAGAAGACGAAAACAAGGCGACGGUGGUCUCGUCUCCCGCGGCGACAGCAAAGAACGAAGACGACGGUAACGCGAAGCCAAAGAACGAAAGCGACGCUUCCGCGGAAGACCAAUCACAAAAGAACGAAAACGACGCCGAGGCCGAAGAGGGCAAGGGCAAGGCCAAGGAGGACGAAGCUGAGCCCGCCAUCGCCGUCGCCGUCACUGACGCCGAUGUCGACAGAAACGCCGUCGCUGCAGCCGCCGAAGCCCAAGCCGAGGCCGCUGAGGCCGCGCGGCUGCGGCGGGAGGCCGAGAGGGAGAGGGCCGAAGAGGAGGAGCGGCGGCGGGCCGCCGAGAAGGAGGCCAUGGAGGCCCGCGAGCGUCAGCUGCGCCAGCAACAGGAGGACCAGCACCGCGAGCGACAGCUCCAACAGCAGCAGAAGCUCCAACAACAGCAACAGCAACAGGUCGAGCAGCAGCAGCAGCAGCAGACGACCGGUCUGGAGGCGCUCCGAACGCAGCAGGACGAUGUGUUUGCAGCGCUGGAGGAGCUGCGGCGGGUCGAGCAGGAGGUGCUGGGCCUGAGCAGCAGCAGCUCCCAGACCGCCGUUGCCGUCACUGACGCCGGCGCCUCGGCCGAAUUCUCGGUCGUUGUUGUCGACACCAACAAUGACGAGAAUGGCGAGAGUGCCGAGAAUGCCGAGGCCGAGGCCGAGGCCGAGCGGCGGCGGCAGCACGAGCAGCAGCAGCAGGCGCUGGAGGAGGAGAGGCAGCGGCGGCUGGCCAAGGCGCAGGCCGAGGCGGAGCGACUGCGGCGGGAGGCGGACGAGGCCGAGCUACAGCGACAGCGCGAGCUCGAGCAGAGAGAGGCCGAGCGCCGACGCGCCGACGAAGCCGAGGCCGAGGCCGCCGCGGCCGCGGCCAAUGCGGCAGCCGUUGAAGCCGAGCGUCGCCGGGCCGAGGCCACAGCCGCAGCCGUCGCCGCAGCCGCCGCCCAGGCCCACGUGCCCGACGUGACCGAGGCCGUCGCUGCCGUGGCCGCCGCCGCCACCGGCGCCGUCGAGGAAGUGGCCGCCGCCGCCGCCGGCCAUGCCGACACUCAGCAGAAGCAGGAAGAGCAGGAGCAGGAGGCGAUGGAGAGGAGCUGCAAGGAGGAGGAGGGACAGGUCAACGCCCUGCACCACAAGGCUCCCGUCGCGACCGGCGGCAGCGGCAGCUCGCGCGACAAGCGCAAGACCUUUGCCGGAGCGAGCAGCACAAAGAAGACGGUCGCGGUGCCGAUGGUUUUCGCCAGCGAAGCGCCGGCCGCCGUGCCCGCCUCGGCGCCCGAGCGACGGCGCGCCAUGACCGGUGCUGUGGGCGCCAAGGGCGGCGUCGCGUCGCGAUGGCAGCAGGCCAUGGACGCCAGCCUCAGCGCCAAGACCCAAAACUUGUCGGAGCAGAUGGACGAUCGGGUGGUGAAGGGCGUGCAGUGGAUGGACACCCAGAUCCGAUUCCUCAUCGCCGAGAUCCAGAAGCGCGGCGAGGCCAAGGGCGACACCGGCAGGCCCGUCAUCACCUUCGGCGCCCUCUUCGCCGCCACCAUCGACACCAUGCCCGCCCUCGCCGCCGCCAUCGCCACCGCCAAGAAGAGGGGUGUGGUGGCGUAUGAGGGCGACAUGCUGCUUCAGGCGGUGCACGACGAUGUCGAGAUCACUCUGCUCAAGGACGAGAUCGAGGACACGCCCAUCGAGCCCUCCCCUCGCCGCAAGGUCCCGGUGGCGGCGGGGCAAUCGCAAAGCGAGCCGGUGCUGAGCAACAACGAGAAGUGCGUGGCGUGCGGCAAGACCGCCUACCCGCUCGAACGAGCCGUCGCAAGCGGCAAGGUGUUCCACAAGAACUGCUUCAAGUGCAGCGUGUGCAAGUGUGUGCUCAAGGUCAUCGACUACGCGCAUCUCGACGGCAUCUUCUACUGGUACCAGACGGUCACAUCUACUUUCCAAACGCACUUCCAGCAGUUGUUCCUCAUGAACGGUGACUACAAGUCGGGCUUCAACAAGGCGGCUGAGGGCGUCGCGGUCCUCUAA